CGAUCAAGUUUGUCACGAGAAUUACAUCAUUGCCACUGGUGAUAUCGAUGAGAAUCUUGAGUCAGGGAAAAGAAAAAAUUUCUUGUUUUUUUUUUCAUCAUCUAAUACGCAGAGGAGCAUAGCAAAUCGACAACGAUUCGAAUAAUUAUCUUUCGUUGAUUCCGAGGAAAACCCAGUAGAGAGGAUUCAUCGAACCAUGGAUUUGGUCGAGCUAUGGGCGAUUUUCGGACCGGGAGUCGCCGGAGCGGUGUUCGGAGCUGGAUGGUGGUUCUGGGUCGACGCCGUCGUCUGCAGCUCCGUCCAAGUUCCGUUCGUCCACUAUCUCCCUGGCAUAUUUGCGUCUCUUGGGGCUUUGAUGUUCAAUUGCGUGAGGAAAGAGGACAUCGAUUACUCUCCUUAUGACGAAGGAGAGUGGAGAUUGAAGCUAUGGCUGUUCAUAGCAUAUGUUGUAGCUUUUGUUUCCCUUGCGGCAUCCGUCGGCUUACUGAUACAAGAUUCGCUUGUGAAGACGGGUCCGUCCACGUGGACUGGUGUUGCGGGAAUCUUUCAAUGUGUGUUUGUAUUGAUAAGCGGGCUAAUGUAUUGGACAUCGCAUCCGGAGUAAGUCAAUGACCAAAAACAGGCGCCAUGUCCAUGUCCAUGCCCAUGUACAACUCACGAAGCUUGUGGGGUAGAAAGGACUUGUGAUUCUACUUGCAAAUGUUCAUAUCCUUUGGGAGUUCUUGUUCCCGAAACUUUGUCGAUGUCUUUGUGAUGUGCUUCGAGUUCUGUUAUCGUUCGGCGUGUUUUUUUUUUUACAUAACCUCGGACGUGUGUGAAAGCCUGGAAUUUUCACUAGUGUAAAUUGAGCUCUAAAUUAUGCAAUCCAGUUUCUGUAUCUACAGAAUUUACA